UUUAACUAUCGAUCCACCUCCGGUCGAUUUGCUCACCUUUCUCUACUACCUCCCAGCCCAUCUUCGGAUCCCGCAUUCCGAAGCCCGAUAGAUCGAACCUCGCGCGAUCGGGAAUUGCUUGCCAUCAUGGUUGCCGACGCUCUCGUCUACCACCCAGCUCUUGCGCACUGGCUGCGCUUCGUCGCGACUACCGUCGGACGAGACAAGCUCCUCCGAACACUGCAGUACUUCUCCCGCUUCUACGCGUGGUACCUGUACCGCACCAACCACCCGCAGUCCGCGAUCGACCCCUACAAUGCCGUGAAGAAGCAGUUCGGCACAACGCGCAAGAUCAUGCGCAUCGGCAAAUUCCUUGAGCACCUGAAGGCCGCCUCCGUCGCCCUCGACAACAAGAGCCCCGUCGACCCAGUCCUCCGCUACCUCGCCGUCGGUCGCCAGCUCGGCUAUGCCGGCUAUCUGACCCUCGACACCAUCACCGUGAUCGACGCCAUCGGCUACCGCAAGCUGGAGUCGGCCAAGCGUUUGCAGGAGAGUGCCUACCGCGCCUGGGGUGCCGGUCUGUUGUGCAGUGCCGUUGCGGGUCUCUAUACCCUCUUCCGUCUGCAGGAGAAGGAGAAGAAAAUCGACCGUAAGGAGGGUGAGGGUGUCGUUGAGGCUAAGAAGAUCGAGAAGGAGCGCGCUGCUGCCCGGAUACAGCUCAUCUCUGACCUGUGCGAUUUGACCGCCCCCGCCUCCGCGCUGGGCAUCGCCGCUCUCGACGACGGCCUGGUUGGUAUCGCUGGAACCGUCAGCUCGCUGAUCGGUAUCUGGUCCCAGUGGCGCAAGACCGCAUGAGCAUCAGGCAACUUAGCCUGGAUGUGAGCGGAGCACGAGUUCUGGAAAAGCGCCAAAGAGAGUCAACGGAGAACUGGGUUUCUCGAGUUGGCUAUUUGGCAGAAGAGAGUGAGCGCAAGAGCGCGUCACCGGCCUACUUUUUGGGCGCGUUUAUAUCCUUGAUUGCAGAGA